CUCCCGCGGUUUUCGGCGCCCCUUCGGUUUUCGGCGUUGUUUUUCUUCCGGCGUCCCUUCUGUUUUCGGCGCCCUGUUGGUUAUCGGCGCCUUUGGGGUCUUUCGGCGCCCUCCCGUAGCCGUUUUGGCGCAAGUCAUUGAGCGCGAGCGGGCGGCGGCUUCCAGAGCGCGCGCGGGCCCCCUGGGCGCGCCUGGGCUCUGGCGAUGCCUCCUCCGAUGGAGGCGCAGCCGGUGGUGGCGGCAGCUUUCGGGGCCGUGUCGGCCGUGAUCGCUGCUGGGACGGGUGGCGAAUCUCUGCGUGCGGUCGUGGCGGCCGUCGUGCGGGGCGCAGCCACGGCGGCGGGCAGAGCAGUGUGCCCCAGCGAGCAGGUCCGGGAGGCCUUGGGCACUCUGUGGAUCACCGACGCCAAGAGGGGGGGUAACGUUUUCAGGGAGGCGGGCGAGGAGCAGUUAGCUGGGAGGUUGCUCAAUUGGCGUGCAGGCGGACGUGGGGCCGAUCGCGAGGUCCUCGAUGGUCAAUGCGAAUGGCGUCGGUGACAAGAUUGAGAAGGCGGUGCAGGUCAGCUUCGAGGACAAGCUGAAGAAGUUCGAGAGCAUAGUCAACCCAAUCCUCAUGAAGGGCGAGGUCCACGAGGCAAACUUUGGAGGUGCAGCGGGACAUCGUAAAACAUUGCCUCAGCGAGUGCAAGCACAAGGAGGUGGGCAUCUUGCCGACGAUACGUUCGAGGAUGGUGGCAAAUAGAAGAAGGAUAAGGUUGUGCACGGCGCGCCCUACGGGGAGGACCGGCUCCAGAAGGUAGAGAGGAUGUCGUUGAGGACGAAAUCGACAAGGCGGUGCAGGUGCCUGACGGCUACACGCAACAAGCAGAGGCGCAUCGCGGAGCCCGACGCCUGCGCCGAGGACGAGCAGAAGGAACCCGACUGGAGGUCCUCGGCAGCGACGGCUUCGAGGCCGGUGGCAGGGCCAUCCUCGGCGACUCGCGCGAGGAGCGGGGCACGGAGAGGGAGCAGGAGCUCAGCGAGCCCCUGGAGCAUCUCCGAGCCCUCGCGAGGUCGGCGCGGCAGGCGGGCGCCGACCCGCGCGCGAGCUUCCAUGGGCCCGUGCCGCACGGGUUGCCUCCACUGAGCGGCGGGCGCGUGGCGGAGGCCUGUUCUCCCAGGCCGAGGCGCGCGCGAGGCCUGCGGCGUACCACGGGCGCGCUGUCUCCCAGCUUGAGCAAGCUUAGAUGGAGUCCCAGGCAUAUCAGGAGCCACGAAGUGCAGAA